GCGCUUCCUUCUGUUCAUCGUAGCCCUCGGCUCCCAGCCGUCAUCCGUCACGGCGAUUGCCGCCGAGGGCGUAGUGCUGAUGCAGUCGAGGCUCCGGGGCUCGAAGACCACAGAGACCUCCGGGGAGACGUCCAUAACUUUCGAGGAUGCCGACACCUCCAGGGAGAGCUCCCUUGAGGAAGCGCUCGGCGCUCGUUACAGCGAUGACGAUGAGUCUUGCUCAGCCGAAGGGCUGAGCCCGGGCGUCUGUGCCCUGUCAUCCUUGGCGCGGCCUCGAGUCGUGAAGACGAGGCUUCGGAAGUCCGUAGCGGAUUGCGACGAGGAAGAGAGCCGGGCCAGGUUGGAGCGUGCCCUGGUCGCAGAGAUCGAGUCGGCUUUGGCUGGGAACCACUCUGCUUUCGACGACUCGCGCCUUCAGAAGCUCGAGGAGGACCUGCGGCCGCUUUAUGCCACACUGCCGCACGAGUAUCCUCUGGCCGACAUUGAG